AUGGCCUCCGGGCAGGACUCGUCGGGCACCACGCUGAUGGAUCUCAUCACCUCGGAUCCGUCGGCCACCUCGACUGCCGGGGCGUCGUCGCAGCAGCAGUCCUCCUCGGGCGUCGGCAGCGUUGGCGGCUCCCUGUUGGGGAAGCCCGUGGCGCCGCCGGCGGAUCGCAAGUCGAAGAAGGGGACGCUGACGCAGAUCCAGAACGAGACCAUAUCCGCUGCCAAGGCGCUUAACCCCGUCAAGCCCGUCUCCUACGCGCAGCUGGCCCGGAGCAUCCACGAGCUCGCCGCGACGUGCGACCAGAAAAGUUCCCAGAGGCAGCUUGUAAACAGUGUGUUCCCCAAGCUUGCUGUGUACAAUUCCGUGGAUCCUUCGGUGGCUCCAUCUCUUCUCAUGCUCCAUCAGCAAUGCGAGGACAGAAAUGUUCUGCGCUAUGUAUACUACUAUCUGGCCCGUAUACUGUCAGAUAAUGGUUCCCAGGGUUUAAGUGCUGCUGGUGGCAUACCCACACCCAAUUGGGACGCUCUUGCGGACAUUGAUGCUGUCGGGGGAGUGACACGAGCAGACGUUGUACCGAGAAUAGUUGAUCAGCUUUCAGCGGAAUCCUCCAGUGACGAUGUUGAGUUUCAUGCACGGAGACUUGCUGCUCUGAAGGCCCUUACCUCCUGUUCCACUAGCAGUUCUGAGAUGAUGGAAAAGCUAAAUGAAAUUGUGUUUGGCACCUUGGAAAAGGUAGCAGAUACUAAACAAAAACGGAAGAAGGGUAUUUUUACUAAGCAAGGUGGUGAUAAGGAGUCUAUCAUACGUGGUAAUUUGCAAUAUGCUUCUCUGAGUGCACUGAGAAGGCUUCCACUUGAUCCCGGUAAUCAAGCAUUCCUCCACCGAGCUGUGCAAGGGAUUGAAUUUUCUGACCCAGUUGCAGUCAGACAUGCAUUGUCAAUAAUAUCUGAAAUUGCUGCAAAAGAUCCAUACUCUGUUGCAAUGGCAUUGGGCAAAAGUGCACAACCCGGUGGAGCUCUUCAGGACAUUCUUCAUUUGCAUGAUGUCCUUGCCAGGGUUUACCUUGCAAAGUUGUGUCAUUCAAUAUCCAGAGCACGCGUAUUGGAUCAGAGGCCUGACAUAAAGUCACAGUACAGUUCCCUCCUUUAUCAACUUCUUCUGGAUCCCAGUGACAGGGUCUGUUUUGAGGCCAUAAAUUGUGUGUUGGGAAAAGGUGACAACACAGAAAGCACGGAGGACAGAGCUGGUGGAUGGAUUCGGUUAACUAGAGAAAUUCUCAAAUUGCCAGAGGCCCCCUCUGUAGCAUCAAAGGGUGUUCUGUCAAAAUCUAGUGAAAAAUCUUCAAAAGCAAGGCGCCCUCAGCCUCUCAUCAAACUUGUAAUGAGAAGAUUGGAGAGCUCAUUCCGUAGCUUCUCUCGUCCGGUUCUUCAUGCUGCUGCAAGAGUAGUUCAGGAAAUGGGCAAAAGUAGAGCAGCUGCAUUUGCUUUAGGUGCAUAUGAUGAGGGGGCCAGUCUUGAUGUUGAAUCUCUUGAUUCUGAUCUUGAGAAUCCAAUGGCUGAAGCUACCCGAAAGCCUAAUCCGCUAUCCAAUGGUCAUGGUGGAAUGGACACAAUAGCAGGAUUAUUAGCAUCACUAAUGGAAGUUGUGCGGACAACAGUAGCAUGCGAGUGUGUAUAUGUUCGAGCAAUGGUCAUCAAAGCUUUGAUAUGGAUGCAAAAUCCACAUGAAUCUUUUGAAGAACUAAAAUCUAUCAUUGCAUGUGAGCUGUCUGACCCAGCCUGGCCUUCCUCUCUCCUGAAUGAUGUCCUACUAACCUUACAUGCUAGGUUCAAGGCAACCCCUGAUAUGGCUGUGACUCUGCUUGAGAUUGCAAGAAUUUUUGCCACUAAAGUUCCUGGAAAGAUUGAUGCUGAUGUUCUACAGUUGUUAUGGAAGACAUGCCUUGUAGGAGCAGGACCAGAUGGGAAACAUACAGCCUUGGAAGCUGUGACUAUAGUUCUUGAUCUGCCACCACCACAGCCUGGUUCAAUGUCUGGACUCACUUCUGUUGAUAUGGUAUCUGCCUCUGAUCCAAAAUCUGCAAUGGCACUCCAAAGAUUAGUUCAAGCUGCUCUCCGUAAUCCUACACUUGCUAGCGCUCUGACGAGGCUUCAAAGGUGUGCAUUUAGUGGAAGCUGGGAGAUCCGUAUUGCUGCUGUCCAAGCCCUAACUACCAUUGCAAUAAGGUCUGGUGAACCUUAUAGACUGCAGAUAUAUGAAUUUCUUCAUGCUUUGGCUCUUGGGGGUGUGCAGUCAAACUUUUCAGAAUUGCAGCUAAGUAAUGGGGAAAAUCAAGGUGCCAGUGGUACUGGUCUUGGAUCUUUAAUAAGCCCAAUGCUUAAGGUCCUAGAUGAAAUGUAUAGAGCUCAAGAUGAUCUUGCCAGAGAUAUUCGCCAGCAUGAUAAUAGCAAACAGGAAUGGAGUGAUGAGGAACUUAAGAAACUUUAUGAAACCCAUGAGAGGCUUCUUGAUUUUGUUUCCUUAUUCUGUUUUGUUCCAAGGGCUAAAUACUUGCCCCUUGGUCCUACCAGUGCCAAACUAAUUGAGAUCUACCGCAACCGUCAUAACAUAAGUGCAUCUGGUGGUCUAAGUGAUCCUGCUGUUGCCACUGGAAUAUCUGAUCUUAUGUAUGAGUCCAAAGUAGCACAAAAAGAGACCAAUACUGUCCAGUCUGGGAUCGAUCCCGAUCUGGCAAUGGCCUGGGCAGCAGGUUUGGAAGACGAUGUUUGGGCAAACAAUGCUCCAGCUGUGGAUAAAGUAAAGGACUUCCUUGCCGGUGCUGGAACUGAUGCUCCUGAUGUGGAUGAUGAGGAAUACAUGAACUCGAGGCCAUCAGUCGGCUAUGAUGAUAUGUGGGCUAAGACAAUUCUUGAAACAUACGACGCAGAGGAAGAUGAUGGUAGGUACUCUGGUGGAUCCUCUCCCGAAUCAACUGGUUCUGUUGAAACCUCCAUAUCGUCCCAUUUUGGAGGCAUGAACUAUCCAUCACUGUUUAGUUCAAAACCGUCAAGCCAUGGGGCCACACAACAAACGAUACGUGAAGAACCACCUUCAUAUUCGACGUCAGUACUACAGAGGAAGGAGUCAUUAGAAAAUCCCCUUUCAGGGCGUGGAGGACGAAGUUUCGGAUCCCAUGAGGAUGAAGAUAAGAGUUCUGGUAACCCUCAGUCUGGGAAAGCUUUGUAUGACUUCACAGCAGGUGGUGAUGAUGAGCUGAGUUUAAUCACUGGAGAAGAAGUGGAAAUUGAAUAUGAGGUCGAUGGUUGGUAUUAUGUGAAGAAAAGGAGGCCUGGAAGGGAUGGAAAGAUGGCAGGUCUGGUUCCUGUUCUAUAUGUGAGUUCAUGA